AUGAUGCCACCCUCUACUCCCAAAUCGCCUCUUUUUAGCUCUUCACUUGAAGAAGACCAAAGAUUCAAAUGCUACAGGGGUGUCCGAAAGAGGUCCUGGGGCAAAUGGGUGUCUGAAAUAAGAGUUCCAAGGACUGGAAGACGAAUAUGGCUAGGUUCGUAUGAUGCUCCGGAGAAAGCAGCCCGAGCCUAUGACGCUGCUUUGUUCUGCAUCAGGGGUAAGAAAGGAGUUUUCAAUUUUCCCAGUGAUAAAAAGCCUCAGCUUCCUGAAGGUUCUGUCCGGCCUCUGUCCAAGCAUGACAUACAGACAAUAGCAACAGAGUAUGCUUUAUCAGCUGCGUCUGUGCCUUCUUCCCCUACCACCACAACCCCGGUGGCAACAGAUCAGGUUCCUGCUUUCCCUGAUGCGUCUGUUUCAACUGAGAUUAUAGAGAUGGGCAAUGAACGUUAUCUCCCAGUGGACACAGCUGCGGAAUCAAUGUACUCAGUAGAAGACUUAGAGCUAGACAGUUUCCUCAUGAUGGAUAUUGACUGGAUAAACAAUCUAGACUAGCGCUUAUUUGGUGUUAACUAUACUAGUUACUUGUGUGUCCAUUUAGAUGCUUAUUUGUGGGGGGGUAUAUACAUGCAUCAUCAUUGUAUUUGGUGAACUUGUUUUAUUUAGCAUGCAGUUUGUUGUUCUUGUUUUUGCAAUGUGUGCUCUUUUUUUUCAUAUACUGGACUUUAUGAUUAGGAGUUGGCGUCAAAACCUUAACU